AUGUGGCGUUUCCUUGAUUCCAUCCUUGGGCUCAUCUUUGAGUUCAUCCACUGGCUUGUCUUCGUCAAGCUUACAAACUGGGAGAAGGAAAGACUGCGUCGGAUGGGAGUCGAGUCUCAGGAGGAGCUGGAUGAACUCGUGAAACAGAGAUGCGAGGCCCGGUCCAGUCAGAUCAGUCCUGAACAGGAAGCGGAAUUCCUACGCCGCCAUCCACAGAUUCUCGAGGCCCUUCGACAGAAGGAGAGAACUGGUUCACCUCGUGAAUCACCAGGACCUAGACCCUCCAACCUCGAUGACGACCAGGAUCGCCCCCGAUGGUACCUCUAA